AUGUCUCGUCGACCACCCCCCAGGCUGGACUCGCGGAUGGGCUCCAAGGGCUCCUUCCGUGCCGGCUCUCCAUUGCCCACCCUGCCGCGAGGUCCCAGCCGUAGCAUCCUUCGCCGCAUCUCAACACAGUACCACUACCAGACGUUCCCGACCCCUCCGCCGCGGAGCUCCGGCAGACGACGCGCGGGCUCCGGUACCGAGUCGCCCGGGUCUUAUAGCGAGCGCCGCGGCGGCAACGACGAGGAAGACAAUGAUGACGGGGACCGCGACGGCGAGGCUAGUCCGUUACCUUGGAGGCAGCUUGCCUUGCUCGCCGUGCUGUCCCUCGCCGAGCAGACUGCGCUAAAUUCAAUAUCGCCGUACCUGCCAGAGAUGAUAGAGUCCUUCCCCGGGGUAGAACCGGACCAGGUCGGCCUGUACGUGGGCCUGCUGGCCUCGGCGUUUGCGCUGGCGCAGCUCCUCACGAACCUGGUCUGGGGAUAUCUGUCAGACAUUAUCGGGCGGAAACCCGUCCUGCUCACGGGGACAACGCUGCUGUGCCUGUGCUUCACCGCGUUCGGGUUUUGCUCAAAGUACUGGCACGUCAUGCUCGUGCACAUUGCCAUGGGCCUGCUGAACGGCAAUGCCGCAGUCGUGCCCACGUGUCUCGGCGAGCUGACGGAUCGGACGAACCAGAGCCGCGCGUUCAUCUGGCUGCCCGUUGUGUACAGUCUAGGAAGCAUCACGGGUCCUGCGCUAGGCGGUCUACUCGUGGGGACUGUGGCUCCCGAGAGGUUCCCGUACCUAGCGCCCAACAUCCUCAGUGCAGGCCUCCUCGCGGUCAGCGUGGUGGUGCUCGUCCUGGGGUUCGAGGAGACCCUUGACGAGCAAGGGGAAGGCUAUGAAGCUCCAGAGGUCCUCGAGUGGCUACGCACGUGGCUGGACCGAAGCAAAAAGAACAAGGGCGAGCACGACGAAGACGAUUACGACGAAGACGAGCGACGACAAGACAGCGAGGACAGCGCUUUGCUCGGCCCCAACGCCGCAGAUGAAGGUGUCAGCAACAACGAUGACGACAGCGACAACGGCAGUGAUGACGACCGAAAACUACCAACGGACCCAGAGACUUGGAAAGAGAUCUUCAACCGCACCACCGUCGUGCUUCUGCUGACGUUCCUCAUCUUCCAGCUGUCCAACAGCUCCUUCAACAGUCUAUAUCCGAUUUUCGCAUCCGGCGACCCGCCGACGGGGCGCGGCCUCAAGGCCGGCGUCAUCGGGGUCACUUUAUCGGUCGCGGGACUCUUCACCAUCUUGUUCCAGCUGUUCGUGUUCGGGCCGCUCAAGGCUCGCCUAGGCAAUGUCGGGACCUAUCGGGGUUCGCUACUAGGCUUUGCUAUCAGCAUGGCGCUCAUGCCUUUUAUCGGUUACAAGGACAGCGAGCCGCCCUUUGGGUUUGGCAGCAGCAGUUACUGGCUGUACGUCGAGGCUGGCUUUAUUCUGGUGGUGAAGAAUAUCUGCGCCGUGGGCGGGCUGUCGAGUGCCAUGUUACUUGUGACAAACUCGGCCCCUUCGCACGCGAGCCUGGGCACGCUGAACGGCAUCGCGCAGACAUUGUCGGCGGCCGGGCGCAGCGUGGGACCUUUCCUGUCAGGCGCGCUCUUCACGCUGUCCACCAGGCUCGACAUGAAGGGCGAGGCGCUGGCCUGGGGCUUGUUCGCGGGGAUAUCGCUCGCGGGCUGGGUGGGCACUUUCGCGAUCCACGGGGCUGGGCUUGAGAGCACCGACGACGGGUUUGAGGAUAGUGAUGGCGAGAAUGGCGAAGGUGAUGAGGAGAGGGGUACCGGAAGAACUUGA